AUUCUUUCUUCUUCUUCUUCUUUUUCUUAUUGCACCUCUUAUUCUUAUUUGUGCCUUAUUAUGGAUUUUUAUUCUUCUUCAUCUUCAACAAUUUCUGCUCAGGAAGAACCUCAUGUUCUAGCUGUUGAUGACAACCUUAUUGAUCGAAAACUUGUCGAAAAAUUACUCAAAAAAUCAUCUUGUAAAGUGACUACUGCAGAAAAUGGUCUAAGGGCGUUGGAGUACUUGGGAUUAGGAGCUAAUCAGGAGAACUCUACAAAUAACAAUGGUUCAAAGGUUAAUAUGAUAAUAACAGAUUAUUGCAUGCCAGGAAUGACUGGUUAUGAAUUGCUUAAGAAAAUCAAGGAAUCGUCGAUAUUGAAAGAUGUACCAGUUGUUAUUAUGUCAUCUGAGAAUAUCCCAACUCGAAUUGAUCAAUGCAUGGAAGAAGGGGCUCAGAUGUUCAUGUUGAAGCCUCUAAAGCACUCAGAUGUGAAGAGGUUACGAUGUCAACUCAUGCAAUGCUAAUUAAUGAGAAAUAUUUUGUAUUCAAAGUCUUAUGUGUAAUUUUGUUGUGUUGGGUGCUAAUUACUAGUUUUUCAAAGUCAGACUACUGUUAUAGCUAUUUAAUAUUAAAGGAUAGUCUGUAUGUGAAAAAAAAUGUUUAUAUUAAA